AUGGACGACUUCGCCCACUUCACCACGCCAGACGGCCUGUUCGACUUCGGCCCUGUCCAUCAGCACCAGCACCAGCACCAACCUCAACAGGACCCGCGGUCAAAUUCAUAUCCGCCGUUUAUCCAUCCCAAUCCUCAAUCGCACUGGCACCCGCUGCCUCUGGACCCCAUGGAUCACGAGGCAAAGUGGCAGCAUCAGCAGCCCCAGCAGCAGCAACAUCACCACCACCAACAACCGCAGCAAAACCACCACCAGCCCUCGCAAACUUACAUGGCGCCGCCGUCGAGUCACCAGCCCUCCCCGCCGCAACAGCAGAGUCGCCCGAAUAGCAACCAUGGCAACCAGCCAAUCAAUCUUCAGACGAGCGGUCUUGGUCUCGACUACACCAUGCUCUCGAACGAAUGGCAAUACCAGCUGCAACAGGCGGCUCAACAGCAGCAGCAAUUCAGCAUGCAGGACACCAGGGCGAUGAACAUGAAUGCGUUCACCGCCUCGUCGUUUGGGGGACAACUACAAUCGUCGCCGGUCGACUUCAUGCCAGCGUCGACUGCCGACAACUACGCCGUCACCGCAGGCAUGCACGCUGCCAACUUCAUGACCAUGGCGGGACCGAUGGAGUCGAUGAACGCCUUGGUCUACCCGCUCAACGACUACCAAAACGACAUGACCUUCCCCAUGGGCGUCAACACCCACGCAUUCAACCAGCAGUCCGCCGAGUCGGUGAACUCGAGUAUGCCCGGUAGCUCGCCCACCGGCACCGUUCUCGAGGUCCAAUCGUUAUCAGAUAACGAAGGUUCAUGGUCAAUCGUCAACUUCAACCCACACCGCCAAUCCUUCGACUCUGUCGGUACCGUCUCCAACCCGAGCCAGAACUUGCACAUUCGAACCAACUCCGAUUCAUCAUCGUCAGAAGGACCCAACUCCGCCGACCUAUCAAGUAGUUACGAGGAGAUUGCCCCAUGGCCACUCAGUUCGCCACACGACCUUCACGGCCAAGACUACCUCGAUGCGCAGUACUUCCAACAUGCUCAUGGCCUUCCCAUGCACACACAGCAACACACCUCGCCGUCGUCAUCGUUAGCUGUCAGCCCUCCCAGUGGCGUCGCUCCUUCAUAUCGCUCCACUGGCUCAUCGUCAACGUCGCCCACCUCGUCGGGUCCCACAUCACCGCCCCUUCGUCGUCGCAAGUCUCCCCUAGAGGGGAAAACGACCAAGGCUGUGAUCAAGAAGACCCCACACAGCACACGCAAGGAUACCGUCGCCGAGAAGAAGGUCGGGCGGAGAAAGGGACCACUACGACCAGACCAGCGCCAGCAAGCGCACGAGAUCCGAAAACUCCGUGCCUGCCUGCGAUGCAAGUUCUUGAAGAAGACUUGCGAUAAGGGUGAACCGUGCGGUGGUUGUCGACCGAGUCAUGCGCGACUGUGGCAGGUACCGUGCACGCGCAUGGACAUCAAGGAUAUUGCCUACUUCAUGAAGGAUUGGAAGGCCGAUUACGAGCGUCAUGUCAGUCUUGGCUUUAGCGUUGGCAACAUCAAGGGCUUCAGCACUCUCGAACGCACGCUCUACAUCACUCAUGGUUACGGCCACUACCUGCCCAUCAACGCGCGUGAAGUGUUUGUCAGAGAUGACAAGUGCUUCGGCAUGGACUGGACGGAGACUACCCGCAGUGAGGACCCCGAGGAUUUUGAAAUCAACACUGCCAAACUGUCGGCCGGCAUGGAGGGUGUCAGCACCACAUUGCUGUCCGAGUACCUCGACCGACAUCUCGACCAAGGCUUCGAGUCUUUCGUUGAUGAAUUCUUCGAGGGCACCAAGUUCUUGACUGAGAUCCUCAAGACUGCCUACCGGUACUACGUCAAGGAGAAGACCCCUUCAAUACGAAAAGGCCUCAAGUUGGUCCUUGCUUACAACCUGACCACACAUGUCACUAUGGUUGAGGGUCUUUCAGAGGAAGAACAGUUCCAGGGCCGCAUCUACGAUGACAGGUCAAAGUUCAGUGGGAAGACCGUCGCACCAGUCAUGAUCAACUUUCAGAUCAAGUGCGCUUUGGCCGACAUGUGGCGUGAGUUGCAAAAGGACAUCUUGGAGGAGCUGUCGGCGCUCUACUCGUCAGUCUAUUCCGGUGAGAAGCUCAAGAACUGGCCAACCAUUUUCAUGCUCGCUGCCAUCCUGUUGGCCAUCUGGGAGGAGAUGCAGUUCGACUGCUACUACCGUGUGCCCGAUGAGCAGGCAGUGAACAAGUUCUGCGAUGACAUGGAGUCAACUCCAGUUGGCGUCAUUGUUGGCCUCUUCCAAGCCAUCUCGACGAAGCUGCCUGGUCUGCAAGACUGGGACACCAAGAAGCAUCACCAACUCUUGGGAUCCAACCCUGCUGUUUGUGACGCUUUGACUGAGGUCAAGGGUCACGUCAACAAAUAUGAAAAAUACUUGAAGGAGCGACAGAACGCAAAGUUCACCCGCGACGAUUUCGAUUGUCUAAGCAACAAAUUCUUGAGCAAGCUUGUCAUUCGAGCGAAUUAG